AGUUGACAGUGAUUGACACAUGACAAAAGCCGGGAAGGGAAGCGUGAGCGUGUUGUUUUGCAAUUCAAAAUUAAACUUAAAUUCAAUUUUAUUUAUUAAAUACAACUAAAUAUAGAUAUAAAUGUGAUUAUUUAAAAAGAGGAAUUAAUAACUAUGACUACUAAUCCACGGAAGGGGACUGACCCCACACCUCUGGAAGAAAGUGAUCAACUUACAAUUAGACCUUUAGGGGCGGGGCAAGAAGUAGGAAGGUCCUGCAUCAUGUUAGAGUUCAAAGGGAAGAAAAUAAUGUUGGAUUGUGGUAUUCACCCUGGGCUUUCUGGAAUGGAUGCAUUGCCUUUUGUGGAUUUAAUAGAGGCAGAUGAAGUUGACUUACUUUUAAUAUCACAUUUUCACCUAGACCACAGCGGCGCCUUGCCGUGGUUCCUGACAAAGACGUCAUUCAAGGGCCGGGCGUUUAUGACGCACGCUACUAAAGCUAUUUAUCGAUGGCUUGUUUCAGAUUAUAUUAAAGUCAGCAACAUAUCAACAGAACAGAUGCUGUACACGGAGUCAGACCUGGAGAACUCGAUGGACCGCAUCGAGACGAUCAACUUCCACGAGGAGAAGGACGUGCGCGGCGUGCGCUUCUGGGCGUACAACGCCGGCCACGUGCUCGGCGCCGCCAUGUUCAUGAUCGAGAUCGCCGGCGUCAAGAUACUGUACACGGGAGAUUUUUCAAGACAAGAAGAUCGUCACUUGAUGGCAGCAGAGAUACCCACCGUCCACCCAGAUGUGCUCAUUACUGAGUCCACAUAUGGCACUCACAUACAUGAGAAGCGCGAGGAGCGCGAGAGCCGGUUCACCGGUCUCGUGAGCGACAUCGUGCAGCGCGGCGGCCGCUGCCUCAUCCCCGUGUUCGCGUUGGGUCGAGCGCAGGAACUGCUACUCAUAUUGGGUAAGAGUCCACAUAUGGCACUCACAUACACGAGUAGCGAGGAGCGCGAGAGCCGGUUCACCGGUCUCGUGAGCGACAUCGUGCAGCGCGGCGGCCGCUGCCUCAUCCCCGUGUUCGCGUUGGGUCGAGCGCAGGAACUGCUACUCAUAUUGGGUAAGAGUCCACAUAUGGCACUCACAUACACGAGUAGCGAGGAGCGCGAGAGCCGGUUCACCGGUCUCGUGAGCGACAUCGUGCAGCGCGGCGGCCGCUGCCUCAUCCCCGUGUUCGCGUUGGGUCGAGCGCAGGAACUGCUACUCAUAUUGGGUAAGAGUCCACAUAUGGCACUCACAUACACAAGUAGCGAGGAGCGCGAGAGCCGGUUCACCGGUCUCGUGAGCGACAUCGUGCAGCGCGGCGGCCGCUGCCUCAUCCCCGUGUUCGCGUUGGGUCGAGCGCAGGAACUGCUACUCAUAUUGGGUAAGAGUCCACAUAUGGCACUCACAUACACAAGUAGCGAGGAGCGCGAGAGCCGGUUCACCGGUCUCGUGAGCGACAUCGUGCAGCGCGGCGGCCGCUGCCUCAUCCCCGUGUUCGCGUUGGGUCGAGCGCAGGAACUGCUACUCAUAUUGGGUAAGAGUCCACAUAUGGCACUCACAUACACGAGUAGCGAGGAGCGCGAGAGCCGGUUCACCGGUCUCGUGAGCGACAUCGUGCAGCGCGGCGGCCGCUGCCUCAUCCCCGUGUUCGCGUUGGGUCGAGCGCAGGAACUGCUACUCAUAUUGGACGAGUUCUGGUCGUUCCACCCCGAGCUGCAAGACAUCCCCAUCUACUACGCGUCGUCGCUGGCCAAGAAGUGCAUGGCGGUGUACCAGACGUACGUCAACGCCAUGAACGACCGCAUCCGGCGGCAGAUCGCUGUCAACAACCCCUUCGUGUUCCGACACAUCUCCAACUUAAAGGGUAUCGACCAUUUCGAUGACAUAGGGCCGUGCGUCAUCAUGGCGUCCCCCGGUAUGAUGCAGUCGGGCCUGUCGCGGGAGCUGUUUGAGUCUUGGUGCACGGACCCAAAGAACGGCGUCAUCAUUGCUGGUUACUGCGUGGAGGGCACCCUAGCCAAGACGAUCCUGUCUGAGCCGGAGGAGAUCACCUCGAUGUCGGGCCAGAAGCUGCCGCUGAAGAUGUCGGUGGACUACAUCUCGUUCUCCGCGCACACCGACUACCAGCAGACCUCCGAGUUCAUCAACAUCCUCAAGCCGCCGCACGUGGUACUGGUGCACGGCGAACAGAACGAGAUGUCUCGUCUCAAGGCGGCGCUACAGCGUGAACACCGCGGCAAGCUGGCCAUCCACACGCCGCGCAACACGCAGCAGCUGUGCCUCACCUUCCGCGGAGACAAGACCGCCAAGGUGAUGGGGUCUCUAGCCAUGGAGCCGCCAGAACCCGGCAAGACUCUUCAGGGGAUCCUGGUGAAGAGGAACUUCAACUAUCACAUCUUAGCGCCCUCCGAUCUUAACAAGUAUACGGAGUUGUCUCAGUCGGAGGUGUCGCAGCGCGUGUCGGUGUCGUACGGCGGGUCGGCGGCGCUGCUGCGGCACGCCGUGCUGCGGCUGGCGGGCCCCGUCGACUUCCUCACCGAGCAACGCUGGCGGCUGUACGGCUGCCUCGACCUCAUCCUCGACCUGCCGAUCGUCACGCUCGAGUGGCAGGCGGCGCCCGUGUCGGACAUGUACGCGGACGCCGUGGUGGCGGCGGUGCUGGCCGCCUCGUCCCUGCCCGCGCCCGCGCACCUGCCGCUCGCGCCCAAACUAGACCGCAUGCACUUUAAGGAAUGCGUGAUCGAGAUGCUGCAGGAGAUGUUCGGCGAGGACUCGGUGCCCAAGAUGUUCAAGGGCGACAAGCUGCACGUGGAGGUGGACGGCAAGCGCGCCUACAUCGACCUCUUGGCCAUGGUACGAGUCACUGUGUAUUGUAGUUGUGACGUGGCCGAGCAUGGCUGCGUGGAGAUGCUGCAGGAGAUGUUCGGCGAGGACUCGGUGCCCAAGAUGUUCAAGGGCGACAAGCUGCACGUGGAGGUGGACGGCAAGCGCGCCUACAUCGACCUCUUGGCCAUGGUACGAGUCACUGUGUAUUGUAGUUGUGACGUGGCCGAGCAUGGCUGCGUGGAGAUGCUGCAGAUGUUCGGCGAGGACUCGGUGCCCAAGAUGUUCAAGGGCGACAAGCUGCACGUGGAGGUGGACGGCAAGCGCGCCUACAUCGACCUCUUGGCCAUGGUACGAGUCACUGUGUAUUGUAGUUGUGACGUGGCCGAGCAUGGCUGCGUGGAGAUGCUGCAGAUGUUCGGCGAGGACUCGGUGCCCAAGAUGUUCAAGGGCGACAAGCUGCACGUGGAGGUGGACGGCAAGCGCGCCUACAUCGACCUCUUGGCCAUGGUACGAGUCACUGUGUAUUGUAGUUGUGACGUGGCCGAGCAUGGCUGCGUGGAGAUGCUGCAGAUGUUCGGCGAGGACUCGGUGCCCAAGAUGUUCAAGGGCGACAAGCUGCACGUGGAGGUGGACGGCAAGCGCGCCUACAUCGACCUCUUGGCCAUGGUACGAGUCACUGUGUAUUGUAGUUGUGACGUGGCCGAGCAUGGCUGCGUGGAGAUGCUGCAGAUGUUCGGCGAGGACUCGGUGCCCAAGAUGUUCAAGGGCGACAAGCUGCACGUGGAGGUGGACGGCAAGCGCGCCUACAUCGACCUCUUGGCCAUGGUACGAGUCACUGUGUAUUGUAGUUGUGACGUGGCCGAGCAUGGCUGCGUGGAGAUGCUGCAGAUGUUCGGCGAGGACUCGGUGCCCAAGAUGUUCAAGGGCGACAAGCUGCACGUGGAGGUGGACGGCAAGCGCGCCUACAUCGACCUCUUGGCCAUGGAGGUGAAGUGCACAGAGGACGAGGGUCUGGAGCGCACGGUGCACUCGGCGCUCAGCAAGCUGUACGCCGCGCUGGCGCCCGUGAAGCCGCCGCCGCCGCCCGCGCCCUGACCGCCGACACACGCAGCGUCCAGUUACUUUACCGCUCUGAAAUUGGUUCCAAUAAUCAGUAAAUCAAGUGCAUACCCAAUAAUCAAGAUUACAAGUCGAAGUAUCAUCAUCUCGUCAUCUUAUGUGGGAAUUUUGUCUUGAAAGUUCCGGUUUGAAAAAUUAUGGCUGGCGCAUUAAAGUAACCCUAAUAUACGGGCUAAAGUCUAUUUAACUUUCUCUCUUUUGUCCCACUGCAAUGAAAGAGAAAACGGUAUUUAUAUAUUUCGUUGCAGUGGGAUGAAAGAGAGCAUAAUGUAUUUGUAGGCAAAUUAUUAUUAUUAUUAUCUGAUCUUGGAGCGCAUUUUGGACUUACUGUAAUUUAUCGCAUUACGACGUACACUUUUUCAUAAACAUAUGAUUGUCCUAAUCUCUAUUAAGUAAAUUGAAAUAGACAACAAUACUUAUUGUUAUCUGCGCGAUUAUUUGGAAAGAACUUCAGAGCAAAGUAACUUGACGCAGAAAGUAGACUCUAAGAGUGAAGUGAGUUUGUGUAGUAUUACCAGCAAACGGUUGAGAAUUCGUGAAAUGUGCGUGAUUGUAAUAAAAUUAAUUAAUUAUUAUUAUUGUAAAAUAUUUUUGUUAAAUAUAAGUUAAACAUUU